AUGCUUCGAGAUGAAAAAGCUUCUGGAAAAAUCCCGAUUGUGGCGCCAAAUGUGACCUUAAAUAUCGAAGGUGGCGACUCAAUGGGGUCGUUUGUCAAUAUUUCAGUUGAUGAGAAAACUGCUGAUGGUCUUUAUAGAUUCAGGCGAUUUUCGACAAAAGUGGAUAUUGCGACUGCUUUUGAUGUCAAGUGCUCUGUUAUUUGGAGGGCAUCAGCAACUUUGUCAGCGAGUGAAUCAAAUCUCUUAAAUCCGAUUGCUGUUCUUGAUGGAUGCAAUUUUGUGCAAAAAUCUGCGACGCUUUUGAAUGAUAUAGAUUGGGGAAGCGCCGCUCUUUCUGUUGACGGCAACUCUCGAGCCUACAUCUGCUUCUCGAAUGGAGAUAAUAAGAACCAUUGUGAGAUCUUUGAUGGAACGUCCUCUAUUUCCACGACGUCUUCUAAUUAUGGGCAUUAUUAUGGAAGUUUAGGGCUGUACAAAAGUCAACCGACCACUGUUGGUUCUUUUAGUUAUGGUGACACGAAAAAAGUCGAAACACUCACCAACGAUGGAUGGAGUGUGAUUGGAGAUCCUCCAAUAAGCGAUAUUCGUUCUUCUGUCUUGGUCGGGCUUCAGAGCGGAAAUUUACUUAUGCUUGGUGGCGCUGGUUCAUGGAAUGGUAGCACUUCUCAAUUGGAUCUUGUCUGGCUUCUUUCAAACGAUUCAUGGUCACAAAUUGGAACAUUAAAGAGUGCAAUCUCUGCUGCGUCUUCGCUCAAAAUCAAUGAUUCGUUAUUUCUCUUCCCUGGUUAUGGAGACAGAUAUAUUGAAAGAGUCGAUACGGAUGGGGAUCAACUCAAAACCUCCGAAACACUUUACCAAUUUAGCUCUAAUCCAGGAACCUUUCCUGCUUUGUUUCAAGUUUCCGCUGGAUUCUGCGCUUAG